AUGAACGAAGUCUUUAAUCCAACAGAUCCAUUGAAAGAACUUCCCAAAGAUUUUGAUAAACUAGACCGUGGGACAAAAGCGACACUCUUGGCACAACACUUAAUGGAACAUGUUGAUAGAUUACAAAAACCUAUUCGUGAUUUUCUACAUAAACGAUCGCAAGAUUAUGAAGGAGGGCCAGUGUAUUUUUGGAUGGAUAAUACGAUAUAUGUGAAAAAUGCAACAAAAAAUCUUAUUAAAGACUUGGCUAAAAUUGCUGAAAUUCGAACAAUUCGUCUUGAAGACCAUUCAGUAACACUAGAUGUUAGAAAUAUUCAACAUAUAUUUCAAAUAGAUAUUUGA